AGAGACUGGUUGUUGCCUUAAAAUGCAGGAAUCUUCAAACAAUCCAAUUCCGAAUGAAGCGAAAACAUCAUGUGAAAAAUAGAGUGAUGUCUUCUCUUAACGGCUCAAUCUGCAAUUUCAUUCCAUCCCAUUAUGGCUCAGAGGCCUACAUAGAGUAAGCCAGCCCAUUAAGAUAUCCCAAACUAUAAAAUUUAAUUUGGCUCACGCUGUUGAAGGAGUAGUGUACGGCCAUAGGACGCUGAUGAUAGUAUAUAACUCUUCCCCAGUAUUUUUGCUCUCUCAAAUGAGUUGUUAUCGUCUCCAAAACAUCCUCACCGCGCUCCCUGCUUGCAUAAACAUCACUUGCAACCCGCAACCCUGCUACCUCACAUUUACCUCUCCCCCAUCAAAUAAUUCCAGGGUUUUGUGUUGCGGUUAUAGCUCCAAGAAUCAAGUGAAAAAAAUGGAGGCGGGUCAUCAUGAUCUUUCAAAGGUUACAGUGGUUGGUGAUCCUCAGUUACUCCAAAGGAAAAUCGAUGCAGUUUGUUUGGCUGGUCCUGCUAAAUUCCAGGUGAUAGCAGAUUUUGAUGGAACAUUAACCAACUACUUCGUGAACGGUCGUCGAGGGCAAAGCAGUCACGGAAUUUUGAAGCAGGGGAACGCGGAGUAUGAUGACAAGAGGCAGGCAUUGUAUGAGUACUAUCAUCCAUUAGAAUUCUCCCCAACAAUUCCAAUUGAAGAGAAAACUAAGCUCAUGGAAGAGUGGUGGGGGAAAACCCAUAAUCUUCUGAUUGAGGGAGGCCUCACAUAUGAUGCAAUCAAGGAGUCUGUUUCUAGCUCAGCAAUUGCUUUCAGGGAUGGUGUGGUUGAACUUUUUGAGUUUUUGGAGGAAAGAGACAUUCCAGUUCUCAUAUUCUCUGCGGGGCUUGCAGAUAUCAUAGAGGAGGUCCUGAGACAGAAAGUCCAUAGAUCUUUUAAGAAUGUUAAGAUUGUUUCAAACCGAAUGGUAUUUGAUAAUGAUGGUUGCCUCAUUUCUUUCAAAGGGAAGUUGAUCCAUAGUCUAAAUAAAAAUGAGCAUGCUCUUGAGAUGGCUGCUCCUGUUCAUGAACAUUUCGGUGAUGGUGAUGGUCCGAUCAAUGACAAUGCUUCUGUAAAGAAGAGAACCAAUGUCCUGCUCCUUGGUGAUCACCUGGGAGACUUGGGGAUGUCUGAUGGAUUAGACUAUGAGACUCGAAUUUCUGCAGGUUUCCUGAAUGACAACAUUGAGAACAAUCUCAGUAACUACCGCAAAGCCUUUGAUGUGGUUUAUCUGAAUGAUGCACCUAUGUGGGGAGUAGUCAAGCUUGUUUCUCAGAUGUGCUCAAUGGUCAACUGAAGUUGUUUGCGUUCUACAUCAAUAAAAUACUUCAGCUCAUCUCAGGCUUUGAUCAAGUGGAGAUGUGAACUAGACUUAACCUUAACCCGUGAUUUUCAAUCCUCUGAAAGUGUCAUCCAUGAGAAAUUUAUGGGAUAUCAUUUCCCAGGGCAAGGAUGCUGUCAGAAGAUGCUCAUUAUUUUGCUAGAAUAGUCAGGAUUCAAGACAAAGUAUUUGUAGCUCAUUUGGUCCGAAAGCAAUUAGAUCUUGUGUGAUGCUAAGAAUGUGAUGCUAAGAAUCUAUGUAUUCAAGGCUCAUAAGUAUUUAUGCCAUCCUUUAUUUAAACCAA